AUGGGUACAACAAACCCUCAACUCCACUUGCCCUUUCCCUUUCCCCUUCCCUGCAAACAAAAACUCAUCUUGACCGCCAUUUAUCUGCUAAUCAUCCCCUUAUCUCUUCUAAACCUAUAUGUCUUCUUCCUUUCUCCUCAUCCCAGAGACUUACCUCCCCCCAACCGCAAUACAAGCUUUCUCUCUCAAGAACCAGUAGCUCAACCCACCACGAGCAAGGCUCAAGCCGGCGGCGGCCGUCCAUGCGACUUCCACUCCCCCGACGGUCGGUGGGUUCCUGACCCUCGUCCGCCGCGGUACAACGAUACUAGUUGCAAAACAAUCAAGUUCGGCCAGAAUUGUAUGUCUCACGGUCGGCCGGACACCGGCUAUCUUUACUGGCGAUGGAAGCCGGCGGGCUGCCAACUCAACCCCUUCUCCGCCGCCGCUUUCCUCGACCUCCUCGUUAACAAGCAUCUGGCUUUUGUAGGGGAUUCUCUUGCUCGCAACCAGUUCGAAUCCCUCCUCUGUUUACUCACCGCCGCCACCGGUCCAGCGGAGCUCGUCUACAACCGAGGGGAAGAGAAUAAGUUCCGGCGGUGGAUUUUUCGACCUCAUAAUGCGAGCAUCUCUGUUUACUGGUCGCCGUUUCUGGUGAAAGGGAUAGAGAAAUCGGCGGCGGAGGGGAGGGCGCACAAUCAGCUGUUUCUGGAUUCGGCUGACGAAAAUUGGGCGGCGGAUUUGGGAGAAAUGGAUGUAGUGGUUUUUUCUGCGGGGCAUUGGUUUCUUAUCCCCGGAACCUUUUAUGGGGGAGGGGGCGAAGUGGUAGGGUGUCACCAUUGUAAGGAUUUGGUUAAUAUGACGGAGACGGGCUUCUUCGAUGCGUUUCGUGGGGCGGUGAGGACGGCGGUGAGGACGGCGGUGGGGAGGAUGGGGAAGGGGAAGUUGGCGGUGGUGGCGACUUUUACUCCGGCUCAUUUUGAAGGAGAGUGGGAUAAUCUGGGGGCGUGUGCGAGGAAGGAGCCGUUUGGGGAGGGGGAGAAGGAGAUGGAGUAUAUGGAUAAGGAGAUGCGGAAGAUUGAGCUGGAGGAGGUGGCGGCGGCGGCGGAGAUUGGUGAAAGCGGUGGAGGAGGAGGAGGAGGAG